AUGGACUCCUCACCUGCCGGAUGUCGCUGCAAGCCGUGUUUGGCGGUAGUUGUAUUCAGCAAAGACCGUCCGUGUCAGCUGUUGGCAUCCGUGGCCUCAUUGCUGGAGCACAUUACCGAGGUGGACUUGGACAUCACGGUGCUCUUCAAAGCCUCUUCCGAAGAGUUUCGCGAAUCGUACCAAGUGGUACGGUCGCUGUUGGGCAAAAAGUCGUUGAAGAAGUCGAAUGCAGUUGCACAUCAAGCUGAAACUGUGUUCCAUUGGGAUGAAGAGGAUGACGUGUUCAAGGUGGGUGACUUGUUGGAUGCUGCCCUUGCCAGGAUGGAAGGAAAGUGCCGCGUCUUGCUGUUCACGGUUGACGAUGCUUUGUGGUUUGGCGAUUUCCAUGCAGGUGCUGCGAUUGAACUGUUGUGCUCGAACUCCAAGGUAUAUGCUGUGCAUACCAAGCUGUGCCCGCGUGUUGAAUAUGCACAUCCCAAUGACAAAUUCAUGCGAGUGCCACCACUGUCGCAUGCCACACCUCCCUCACUUUCUGGAGCAAGCUCUCAACUGCUGUUGUUUGAGCGCUCGAAUGGCGAGUAUGACUGGAACUAUCCAUGGGAACUCAGUGCUUCCCUCUACCGCCUGGAAGCAGUAAAGGAGACCUUGCAAGCUAUUCGGACUGAGUUCGGCCAAGAUGCAGUUCAUCAUCCGAAUCAUAUUGAAGGCUAUGGGGUGCGUCUUUUAAAGCAGCAAAAGCUUGCCUCAGCAAACCUUGCCCCUCUUUGUGCUUGUCUAUGCAGCCCAGUUGUCGUGGUCGUGACAAUCAAUCGCGUGCAAUCCUUGUUUGAGAACCCGGUUUACGAAGCACCGGGACAAGAUGCGGCCGAAGUGCAUCCCCUCAUCCUUGACAAGCUUCUGCGGGCGAUCUUGCGCGAAUCAGGGCGGCGCUCGUUGGCUCUGAAGCCGGCAGAAGACGUCGCUGUUUCCAUGUCCGAGUUGCUGGAUGCGUCACCCGAGUUUCUGCGAAGUUACUGGGGCGACCUUUCGGUUCCAGCCACUUUCGGGGAUCUGCUGUCGUCACCAUCAUGGCCACCGGCACUGCUGCAACCCGAUGUAUACAGGAACACCUACUUGGACAGCGUGCACGUUCCGUUGCUGGUGGCUGAGAGGAUUCCAAGAGACUUGGAAGUGAAUCCUCUGGUCUCCUGGCUCAUUCCGGUCAGGGACACGCCCUCAAGAUGGCUGAAGGACGCCUUCGACAGCAUUCAGGCACAACUGGGUGUGGGCCCUGGUGCCUGGGAGCUGGUCGUCGUGGAUGACGGCUCACAGAAGGAGGAUACCUUGGAGACACUAAAGGAUUGGAGAUCCUUGCCGAACGUGCAGGUCGUCCGGGCUGAAGCAAGUGCUGGUGUGGGGCCUGCCCUGAACCUAGGCUGGAAGCAUUGUCGGGGACGGUAUGUAGCAAGGCUGGAUGGAGAUGACAUCGCACAGCCGUCCCGCCUGAUUCACCAGAUCUCUUUCCUGGAGAAGCAUUCUUCCAUCUCGAUUCUUGGUGGAGGUUUCAGGACCUUCACCGAGGAUGAGCAUGGUGUACGAAUAGGCGAGCGCCAGUAUCGCUUUCCCUGUCAUCCGCUUCUGACGAGAUGGCACAUGAUCUUCUCUUGCUCCCUGGCACAUCCAACUGUGGUAAUGCGUCGCGACAGCAUACCUACAGGUGACAACGGGCCAUAUCCCGAAGAUGAAGAAGCCGAAGAUCACUGCUGCUGGUUGGCGAUGCCGUUGAGAGUGCAAAUUGCCAACAUUGCCGAUGUUGUAUGUCACAUCAGAAGGCACAGCAACUCCCGAACCGCCUCAGCUUCGAAGAAGCUUCUGCAGUCAUCGUAUGGUGCGGUGCGGGCUUUCUUGAAGCGUGAAUGUGCUGAAGACCAACUGACUGAUGCAGAUGUUGCAGUGCUUUGGGGCAGAGAAGGAGCUGCGACAUCAACGCAGGCCGCGACCGUUUCACAUGCCUUGGGAUUGCUUCAAAACUGGUUUACACAGAUCCUGCAUGAAGAUACAAGUCCUGAACUGUUGCCUUCUGGAUUCCGGCAAGACUUCGUGAAGAAUCGUUUGUCAGCGCUGGAAGAGUAUGCCGCUUGGACUUUGCGAGUCAAGUCCUCCUGCAAUAAGCUGAAAGGAACAGAACCUGAGACGCUCGUGCACCCGGCCGUGCAAUCCCUUGCCUCGGGCGACGUGGACGUCGGGGCUGAGAUGAUGAAGCAGUGGCUCAAGGGUGGCGAUGCCGGCUUGAAGAGCCUGGGAGCACUGAUCCAGGCAGGCUACGGCAGCAAGGGCCAAUGA